GUAGCUGUAUCUACGUCUAUAAAUUCAAUUAUUCACUACCCUUACCCACACCAGUUAAUUGAGGGCAAGUAUAAAAACCGAAUAACAAGUACCCGAAGCCGAAGCGCCAUUCGUCUCAGAGGGUAACAAAGUGGAAAGGUAACAGCAAGUGGGGAGGUCUCUCAGUAUCGUACCAAUAGAUAUGACAGGAGGGGCCGAUGAAACAGGGAACACAACGCCGAUAGGUAUGGUGAUGAAAGACAGAACAGACGAACAUGACUGAUCGACCGGUCGGCAAGACAAGCAAGGCAGUGUGAGGAAGCGAUAGGAAAGUACAGUUGGUAAUACAGGGAGGAGGCGGAAGAUUGCUUUAUUGUUGGGCAAGAAACAAGGACAGAAGAUAAAGAGCGAGUGAUGUUCGCACCAGGUCAAGGUCACAGGGGGCUCUGGGGCCUGCAGAGCGAUACUCAGACAAUAUUCCGAGAACCGAGGCUCGAGGGGAGUCUCAAGAAUCGAAAUCGAAGGAUGGAGGUAGUUGGAGGGUGCAACCCGAUGUCCUACCAGGCUUGGGCGUAUUUUGGUAUGGGGUCGGAAGUAACGGACACCUCGUGGCGCACGUCGACUUCCACAGGGGUGUGUGAAUUUACUCCGACGGCAUUCCUACUCAUGAGGAAUGUGGGACCCGUGCCCUCCUCGCGAUCGGUUCCUUUUCCGUGCACGAAGCGGCGCGUGUUGAGA